CGCGGCGCACCCCAGCAAGCUGUCGGGCACCGCACGCGAGGCCGAAGAGCUCUUCGACCCCAUCGAGGAGCCCGUGCCUGGCGACGCGGAGCCCGAGGGCAAGCAGGCAGAGGCUGUGCACGGCGCAGCGGUGCCCAACGCCGAGCACUUCGGCAACCUGGCGGCGGCGGCGGCGCACGGAAUCAGCGGCGCAGCCGCAGAGCUCUUCGACAAGCUGGGGCAGGCCGCGCUCGAUGCCACGGGGUCGUUCGACUUUGGGUCUGGUGAGCCUGUGUGCGGCGGCGCGGGCCACCACAGUGUGCUGGAGGAGUCAGCGGGCGGCGCUUCCGUGGGCACCGCCAGCCAGGCCGAGGUGCAUCAGGAUCGGGCCCUGGUGUGCGCUCGCCUCGAGAGGGCGCUGGUGGCCCUGGUCCAGAUCUUCGAAUCGCUCGAGCUGGUGCGCGUCCCGUCGUGGCUGCUGGAACCACAGCGCGAGGCUGUGAGAGCGGCGGUUGCGGCCUUGGAGCGCGCCAAGGGCGAUCACGCGGCUGUGCACGGCGCAGCGGUGCCCAACGCCGAGCACUUCGGCAACCUGGCGGCGGCGGCGGCGCACGGAAUCAGCGGCGCAGCCGCAGAGCUCUUCGACAAGCUGGGGCAGGCCGCGCUCGAUGCCACGGGGUCGUUCGACUUUGGGUCUGAUGAGCCUGUGUGCGGCGGCGCGGGCCACCACAGUGUGCUGGAGGAGUCAGCGGGCGGCGCUUCCGUGGGCACCGCCAGCCAGGCCGAGGUGCAUCAGGAUCGGGCCCUGGUGUGCGCUCGCCUCGAGAGGGCGCUGGUGGCCCUGGUCCAGAUCUUCGAAUCGCUCGAGCUGGUGCGCGUCCCGUCGUGGCUGCUGGAACCACAGCGCGAGGCUGUGAGAGCGGCGGUUGCGGCCUUGGAGCGCGCCAAGGGCGAUCACGCGGCGCACCCCUGCAAGCUGUCGGGCGCCCUAUGCGAGGCCGCGGAGCUCUUCGGCCCGAUCGAUGUGCCCGAGUCUGGCGUGACGGAGCCCGAAGGCAAGCAGGCAGAGGCUGUGCGCGGCGCAGCGGUGCUCAACGCCGCGCACUUCAGCAAGCAGGCGGCGGCGGCGCACGGACCCAGCGACGAUGCCACGGAGCUCCUCGCCGCGUUCGAGGAGGUGCUCGCGGACGGCGCUUCCGCGGGCCCUGCCAGCCAGGCUGCAGUGCAGUGCGAAUCGGUCGGAGCCAGCCCCGCCGCAGCGCUGGACCCACAGCGCGAAGCUGUGAGAGCGGCGCUUGCGGCUCGGGAACACGCCCGAGCGACUCGUGAAGGAGGCCGUGGGCAUCGUGCGGCCGCUAGACGUGCCUUGCCCUCCCGCCCUCCUUCCUUCCUUGAAUUCUAGCAUGACCACGCGCCUAUUUGCGGGUGCUCGAAGAGUUUUUUAAAAAAUGCCCAC